UUGCACUCUCGGAUGCGGCGGGUAGGGAACCAUUUCUCCACCGGGCAGCAAGAACCGGGGGAGAACCGGGUAGCGUCCCGAUGUCCCAGCGUGGCUUUGGCUGAACAAAAUCAAGCGGUCACACUACCCGUGCGGCUGCUCAAGGAUGAUAUGCCUGUGGUGCAGGGCAACGGCCAUGCCAAUACAAGUUUCCAGAUGAAGAUGGAUGCCCAUGGUUUUGCUCCAGACGACCUGAUGGUGCGGGUGGACGGCCAGAACCUGACGGUGACCGGUCAGCGGCAACAUGAGUCAAAUGACCCAAUCAGGGGUGGUUACCGCAUAAAGCAGACAGUGCACCGGCAAAUGCAACUCCCACGGAACAUAGAUCCUGCGGCCAUGACCUGCAGCCUGACACCCUCUGGCCAUCUGUGGGUCCUGGGACAAAACAGGUCGCUACCUCCCCCUGAUGCCCCAACAAGCCAGGCCCCAAGACACAGGAGCCACGGACCUAAGAACUCCAACCGAUCCUGA